CUGGACCCGCCCGCCGCCUCUCGCGAUGCGACUGAACGACAUUCUUUCCCGCCCGCCCGUCCGCCGCCAUCCGUCCGUCGUCUUGCCCUCAUGUCUUCGCGGCGCAGUUAGAGAGCGACGACGCUCCAGCAGCACACGACAAGACACCCGACCGGAGCAGCCAGCUCAUCACCCCCCCGCAGAAUGGAAGACCAGGUGCUGCGGCUGGCCGACAAGGUCUGGGAAACGUACCAGGCCCUGCCCGACGACGGGCGGCGACUGCUUAUUGGCAUCGCCGGCAUCCCAGGCUCAGGCAAGACGACGCUCGCGCAAAUCAUCUCCUCGCGCGUCAAUGAGCGCGCCGCCGCCGCCGCCGCCACCAAAGCCUCAUCAUCACUAUCAUCCUCCUCCUCCCCCUCCCCCUCCAUAACAGCAUCGUCGGGGGCUCCGCCGCCGCCGUCAUCAUCAUCGCCCGCGACAUACGUCCCCAUGGACGGCUUCCACCUCACACGCGCCACCCUCUCCUCCAUGCCCGACCCCGCCCGCGCGCACGCCCGCCGCGGCGCCGCCUUCACCUUCGACGCGCCCAAGUUCCUCUCCCUCGUGCGCCGCCUGCGCGCCUACCCCCCGCCCGCGUCGCCCAUCCUCGCCCCCUCGUUCGACCACGCCGUCAAGGACCCGCGCGACGACGACAUCCCCGUCCUGGCCUCGCACCGCGUCGUCGUCCUCGAGGGCAACUACCUCGCACUCGACGAGCCCGUCUGGCGCGACGCCGCCGCCCUGCUCGACGAGCUGUGGUUCGUCGACGUCGACUUUCAGGUCGCCCGCAAGCGCCUCCGCGAGAGGCACGUCCGCGCCGGCAUCGCCCGCGACCUCGACGAGGGGGACCGACGCGCCACGGAGAAUGACCUCGUCAACGGGGAGCACAUUGUCAAGCACCGGUUAAAGGUCGAUGAGGUGGUGGAGAGCAAGGAGGACGGCGCGUGGGUGCAUGAAUGAAAUGAUGACGAUGAUGCAUGAAUAAAAGUACAAUUAGAGGCUUAAUGCUAAGAGAAAAGACAGCCAUCAAACUAGCGACCCAUAGG